CCGACGUGUGGAGGAGGGUGUCGCACAUACUCAGAUGACGACCAAAAGGACCGGUGGGACGUUGAUUGGUCACUUCUGCAUGGGAUUAUGCUUCUCCCAUUGAAGUUAUAGCCUAUAUAAUUCUCUCGUUUGACUUCAGUCAGUAUUCCAUUCUGAAACAUUACGUGGCGAUCUACCAGGAAUUAUUACGGCAGCACCAAGCCACACAGAGGAAUCGCCGCCAAAAGCGCAUCAGAAUCUGAACGCUCAGAAUGAGUGCAACGUAUCUGCGCCAACUUUUGCUCCUUCAAUUAGUCUGGUGUCUUGGAUGUUGGUACGCGACAGAGGCUUAUCCCAGCAAAGAAUGUGAACAAGAAAAUGCUUUGUCAAAGGGUUCUGGAAUCCAGACUGAUGUGGGUGAUAUGAUGUGGAGAGAUCAGAAUGAGGAGCAAGUUCCGAAUAUAUUCAAAAGAUUCCUGUUUCACUACUCAAAGGCAAACUCCAUAGGCUCUGUACAACAUGUGUCCCAUUCUGUACACCCGUUGAUGCGUCUGUCACCCAAGCUGUCUCAGAGGAGGAAGAAGCAGCUGCUGCUGUUGAGGCUCCGGGAUCUCCCUGAAGGUGUGAUGUAAAUAAAAAAAACAGGGGAAAAUGUUUGGCCAACAACAGCAUCCUGAGCUGAUAUUUGAGAAAUAAACAGAGAUAAAUGUAACUUAACUGCAACAGGUUUCUUCCUGAUUUCCAUUGGUAAAAGUAGUGUAUAGGUUGUGAUUUAAGACAAGGUGGUGAUUGCACAUACACAAAUACAGACAUUAAAGGUAUCGCCAUUGGUGAAACCGCACCUCAAAACAUACACAGGAGUCAAAUACUGUACACCAAAAGAGUCUUUAUGUGAUGGAUACAUAAACAAGGGCAAACACCUUAUACAAAACUCAACUGUUUUUGCAUGGGUGAAUUAUAACAAUUACAAAUGUAUACAUUUAUAUUGUCAUAUAUUAUGAAAUGUAUAUGCAGAAUAAAAAGUAUAUCUUCAACCAA